CAGGAAUUCUAAAUCUCAAUUUCAAAAGAAUUUAAGAAGUUGGCAUUCCCACAGUUGUCCCAAUCAAAAGCACUUCCUUUUCUCCCUCCUCUAGAUGCUCGACACGUCCCUGCGGAUUCCGAUAUCUCGAGAUCCAACCGUUCGAUACAAGUUCAAAAUGCGUUUGCCUCGUCGGAUAGGAUACCCUAUUCCUUAAGCCUUUCUCUUUAUAAGAAGAACCCACCCCCAUAACAAACAGAGAACAGAAUAAAAAUCAAAGCUUCUGGAGAACCCAUAAUUUAUUUAUUUUUUGAUAAUCGUUAGUGAAGAAUGAGUGGAUUCGAGAAGCAAGUGAAGGAAAGGGCUAAGGAGUUGAAGACUUUGUUCAAGAAAGGAGUGAAGAUUGUGGGAGAAACUUGCAAGAAAGGGUGGCAUAAAGUGAAGCAAUUGAAAGGCUAAUGAUGAUGAUGAUUCAUUAUUAUUAUUAGUCCUUAUAGGUUGAUUCUUCUGUAAAAUUCUUCUGGAUUUAGUUUUGUUUAGGGUUUUGUUUUGAAUUGAAUCAUUUAUUAUUUAAUUUGGUUGCCUUAAUUUUUCUUCUUUUUUCUUUUUCUGGGUUUGUUGAUUUGAAUGUUGUUUAUUGUUCUUGGAUCUGGGUUUUUGUUGAUGUUGCAAAUUUGAGUUAUGUUCUUGUACUCCCUUGAUAUGGAUAUAUCUGGCGAUUGAAUUCAAUAUUCUUUUUCUUGUUCAUAAGAUUGCGAAUUUAGGUGUUCAAAGAAAAAAAAAAAAAAAAGAGUAAAGUUUAUUUAGGAUUUGUUUCCUUUUCGUUUGAUUCCUCAGAUAAUUAUGCCAUUGGCACUUCUCGAUUUGUUUUUAUCAUUUUUUGUUUCUUCCCAUACAUAAGUUAGUGUUUCUGAUUAAUUUAGUGAUGUUUUUUUUUUUGGUGUGUUUAUGGAGUUCUUUUAAAAAAUUCAAAGAAAAAAAAAAUCUAAAAUCCCAAACCGAUUUUUUUUUUUUUUUUUUGAAUUAUAACAUUUUAUUAAAAAAAAAUCUUUGACUCUCAACCUUAACUUUUUUUUUUUUUUGGUUGAAUUAAUAUAGGAAAAUUGUUACGAAAUUAUCCUCAAAAUAAAAAUAAAUCCUAAAUGGGGUAUAGAGAGGGGAUGAAUUUUUUUAAUACUAUCAACAAAAUAUUUAUAUUUCAUAGAAAAAAUCUCUAAAUCUAAACUAAUCAAAAGAUAUUUUAGAAUUGUCACAUUUUAUUAUUGAAAUGUUAUGGUUUCUCUUUCAAAUUAUAGAUAGAUAAUUUGAUAGGUAAUUAUUGGAUUAAACUCUCCUUUUGGAAUUAAACCAUUAAAUCAAACAUUUUUAGUAAAAAGAAAAAGUUAUUAAAACUCUUCAAUAGAAUUUAUUUUAUUUUUUCUAUUAAAAAAACUAAAUAUAUCAAUAAUAUGUUUAUUGAUUAUAUUCACUUUGAAUCUUACUAUCAAACACUCAAAUUCGAUACUCUUUCCCUCUCGAUCACCGAAUAUUAAUGUACGUUUUGAACAAAGUAUGAAGGGUUCAUGUUUAUAGCCAUUUUUGUUCUGAGUUCCGACUGAGUUGCAAAACGAAACCUCUUUCCAUUCUCAAUUUGUAAGCUUUACUGUGAAUCAAGAAGAUGGUAAGGAAGCUCCGAAGCUGGAACAACAACCUCAUUCCCAAUCUACUAAUUCAAACUUUUAAACCCCAAUCUAAUUCCUUUUUCUGUACUAAAACCCUUUCCCUGCCCUUCUCUUCCACUCCUCCGCCCCAAUCAACCAUUCUCCGCAACCAAAUCAUUGACAUUCGAGACCCUAAAAUCUCAGUUAUUCCGGUACUGGAGAAGUGGGUUGGUGACGGCAGAGCUAUUUGGAAACCGGAACUUCAAUAUCUUGUUUACCUUACGAAGAACUUUCGCCGUUUCAAUCACGCUUUAGAGAUAUCUCAGUGGAUGACUGAUCGAAGAUACUUGAGUUUAUCGGCGAGUGAUGCAGCACUCAGGCUGGAUUUAAUCCAUAGUGUUCAUGGUCUGGAACACGCAGAAAAUUACUUCAACAGUAUAUCUACUCGGUUAAAGACUUCUAAUGUUUAUGGCUCUCUUCUCAGUUGUUAUGUUAGAGAGAAAUCAGUUGAGAAAGCUGAAGCCAUCAUGCAAGAAAUGAGAAAGAUGGGCAUUGCUAAUACGUCCUUUGCUUACAAUGUGCUAAUUAACCUCUACGCUCAGAUUGGGCAGCAUGAAAAGAUUGAUCUACUGAUUGAAGAAAUGAAAAUGAAGGGAAUACCUCAAGAUAUUUACUCAAUUAGAAAUCUUUGUGCAGCUUAUGUUGCGAAGACAGAUAUUUCUGGUAUGGAAAAGAUUCUCAAAAGGAUCGAGGAGGAUUCUGAAUUCAAAGCUGAUUGGAGAAUUUAUUCAAUUGCUGCUAAUGGGUAUCUUACAGCUGGGUUGGAAACAGAGGCUCUUUCCAUGCUAAACAAAAUGGAGAAGAAAAUUCGACCUAAUACAAAUAAACUUGCAUUUGAGUUUCUUCUGUCCCUUUAUGAACGAACAGGUCAUAAGAACGAAGUUUACAGGGUUUGGAAUACCUUCAAACCAUUAACUAGACAAACACGUGUUCCAUAUGCUUUAAUGAUCACAUCUCUAGCCAAGCUUGAUGAUAUUGAAGGGGCUGAAAGGAUAUUCCAGGAGUGGGAAUCAAAGUGCACUGUAUAUGACUUUCGGGUGUUGAAUCGACUUCUGGUUGCUUAUUGCAGGAAAGGUCUUUUGGAUAAGGCGGAAUGGGUUGUUAACCAAGCAGUGGUUGGAAGAACUCCAUUCGCCAGCACGUGGAGCUUGUUAGCCACGGGAUAUGCAGAAUACGGACACAUGAGCAAAGCCGUUGAGAUGUUGAAGAAAGCAAUGUUAGUCGGAAGGCAAAAUUGGAAACCAAAGCGGCGUGACAUUUUGGAAGCUUGUCUGGAUUACUUGGAAAAACAAGGAGAUGCAGAAACAAUGGAGGAAAUAGUACGACUAUGCAAAAGCUCAGGUACAGUAGCGAAGGAGAUGUACUACAGAUUGCUGAGAACUUCCAUAGCAGGGGGUAAACCAGUUCUUAGCAUUCUUGAACAGAUGAAGAUGGAUGGUUUUGCAGCAGAUGAAGAGGUAGACAAAAUCCUGGGAUCUAAGACUAACUUGUAGUUAGUAAAAAGUUUUAGUUUUUCUUAGAUUUUUUAUUCUUUGAUAUAUAGAAUGGCAUUUUCUACAUUUUCUACAUGCCAACUCUUUUUGUAAUGAUAAAAGCAAUGCCAUAAUGCUAAUUUCACUUAUUUGUGGGUC